AGUUAUCAGCAAAGUGGUUCCAAAUACAGAAUCCAAGACGCCAACACCCAAGACCCCCACUGCCAAGUCUGGACCUGGGAAUCGCCCUCGGACGCCUCCACCUCCUCCAAUACUUUCCCCAGUCGUUCCCCCUCUGCCUCCACCCGCUCCUCCGCUCCCACUAGUGCCUGCUCCUUCGUCUUUGCUCUCCCUGGCACCCAUGCUCUCUCCCGCCGCUUCCCUCAAACCCCCGGUCCGCAGCGUAGUAACUGAGACCGUCAGUACCUAUGUGAUUCGAGAUGAAUGGGGAAACCAGAUCUGGAUUUGUCCUGGAUGCAACAAACCUGAUGAUGGCAGUCCCAUGAUAGGAUGUGAUGAUUGUGACGAUUGGUAUCAUUGGUAAGAGAGAGUUUCUUUUCUGGCUUGUUGACCCACAUUGGGUUGUUGAAAAGAUCAUAGUUUUGCAUAGGGG